UAUCAAGUAAGCAUUACAUUUACAAUAAAUAUUAAAUAAUAAUAAUUUGGAUACAUAUGUUAGACGUUAGUGGGACAGCUACACCUGUUUGAACUCGACACUAUAAUAAGAUGUUUAAAAGCAAUGCACAAAUUGUCCAGAAAAUGAGUUCGUUAUGAGAAAAGAUCUUGCUUUAUUUGUUUGCGGGUCACUCUGUUUGAUGUUUUGUUAUCCGUGUAAUGAAAUUCACGCAUUAGUAGCAUACACUUUUGUGCGUCACUGUAUGUGCACGAGGAUUAAUGGCUUCAAAAUGUAUAUCCACUCCAAGAGAACUGUUGCCUCUGCUGGUUGUGAAACUAUUGUCAGUGUAGGGAAUUUAGGGCCAGAGAAGGAAAGUUUUAUGCUUCCCUUGUCGGUGUCGUUUCUCUUGCAAAUGAGCAUAUUGAUGAUGGUGCAGAUGUUCUAUAAUGAGGGUCAUUAGGUGUGAGAAUAAGAAUGGGAUGAACUGGCAGGGCUCUAGGCGCCUCAUUAUGCAGACACAUUUAAAAGGUCGAUGGGGGUGCGAAUGGCCGCUUAAGGGUCCCAAAACAAAACUAGGGGGAGGAGAGUCAGAAGAAGACAAAUUCCACAGAAGAAACGUAUUGUCAGUGCAGGAGAAUUGACCCUUUCAGUAGUGUCGUGGAGAGCCAAGGAUAAGAAGAGUAUCGGGACGCUAAGAUCGGAUAUAUUUGGACACUUGAGAUGGCCACGUUUACGCACGCACGGGUUUCGCUGCUGGUCCUCGCUUUCGUGGCUGUCGCCGUGGGAGUGCAGUGCAGAUCGCUGCGUACGCAGCUUCGUAAGGUGACAUCGUUUCAAGGAGAGCGUAAAAUCCGUAUCGCUCACGUCCACAGACGGAUGCGUCGGGAGCCGGGGUCCGAGCGCGAGCAGUGCGCUCUUUUAAGCGCACCGUGGACGGAGAGCACCGCUCCUUUUGGAGACUGGGGCCAAAUGUAUCGCCUUAAAAUAUUAUCGACGACGAGUGACGGUCCACGACGUGCCGUUUUUCCAGAACCACCCCUCUUCCAGUUUGUGAGACGGGUUUAUCGUUGUUGUCAAGUUGGGUAUCACUGUGGAAGUGUCAAAGGAAUACAAGGACGAAAACCUGGGGAUUCCAACAUUGAGUUUCUCCUUGGGAUGGACGUGUUGUCAGGACCAUUGGCGAGAGCAGAAGUUCAUUUUCACUUUUCAAAUCCCCAACACCUCAACAUCCAACCUGUUCUGCCCUCUUUGGAAAAGCGAGGGUUCCCUACUAGGUACAACGUGUGGUUUCAAGAUGGUGUGGUGGAGCUAAGGGUAGAUCUGCUUGCCCUCUUCCAAGCACUGCAGCUGGUCAUCGGAGGACCCAGUAGAGGCCCGAGCCUGAUAGAAAUUCAUCGGGUGAGGGGCUUGACCAGACCAGGGGUCCUUGACCAAAAGGAAAGACCCCCAGCUCCUCAAGACACAGCAAGCGUACUGUGGGGGGAUGUGAAUGAAGACAGGGAGGGUGCGGCCCCCCUGCAGCCAGCUUUAGAGCUUGGACUGGCAUUACACUGCAGCUUAGAGAACAAUAUCGCACAGCCCUGUCAAAACUACGGUGUACAUUUAGCACACGCACCCUUCAUUGCUCUGACAUACAGAGAGCGGGACAUAUGGGGUUAACUUUAAACGUGUUUUGUCAAAUGAUACAUGGAGAAACUGCUCAUGUGUCCAGCCAAACACUGUCAAUCUUUAGUCCCCCUCCCCUUCACAAGUUCUUUGUGGCCAUAAAGUCUCUGUCCAUUCAGUCCACUAACACCUGGUGUGAAUGUUCCCUGGAUGGUUCGCUAUUUCAAGAAUUGCUAAUGAUUUCCAUUGUUUUGCGACAAUGGCAAGCUUACUGGAAUUCAGAGUGGCCAAUGUAAUUAUGGAACACUAUAGGCACUUCGGCAAGUAAAAUGAAUUUAUUAAAUUAUGGGUGUUAUUUGUGAGGAAAAAGUAUCACUGUAUAAACGUAAAUAGUUAUAAUUACAGUUAUAUAUAUAUA